AUGACACUUGAUCGACGCACCAAAUUUGAUAUCAAGGCUACCAGAGUCAGGAAUGGCGCCGGUGCUGCUGCAUCGAGCCAAUUCGCAAGUGUUCAAGAGCGUCGUGCCAUGAAAAAAGUGGCUCAACCCGAGUACGCUUACACUGGCUGUGUGCCAUACACUCCUGCAGAUGACGACGCUGAUGUCGUGCCUAAGAAAAGGAAUCCGCCGAUUCUUGGAUAUAGAGGCCAUCUUCGUAAUGAUGAAGACCGAAUCGGUACAACGUUUUCGCAGGGUCUUACAGUCGCGUCACGAGCUCCAGAACGUGCUUUUCCGGCUCCUCUCCCAGGCGCGAAAGUUCGACCCCCAGCCAACCAGCCACGUCAAGUUCGUUUUGCUGAAGACACAACUUACCAGCCAAACAUCAAAGCCGGGGUGUCUCCACGAUCUGGGUAUGGUCAAUUCGACAAUGCAAGUGGAUACGGAGCAUUCGCUACACCACCGGCCAAGGCGAAUAUGUCACCACGCUCAGGAUAUGGGGCUUUUGACAAUGCAAGUGGGUAUGGAGCAUUUGCUGCACCACCUGCACAGAAAUCUGGAGCAAUGUCAUCACGGUCAGGUUAUGGGGCUUUUGAUAUUGCUAGUGGUUACGGAGCGUUUGCUACACCACCAGGACAUGCAGAUAUGUCACCUCGCUCGGGUUACGGAGCAUUUGACAACGCUAGCGGAUAUGGCGCAUUUGCUGCACCCCCCAAAGGAAUGUCACCUCGGUCUGGUUAUGGAGCGUUUGAUAAUGCUAGCGGGUAUGGAGCCUUUGCAACCCCACCUGCUCAAAAAGACAUGUCACCACGCUCAGGAUAUGGAGAAUUUGAUAAUGGCAGCGGGUAUGGUGCGUUCACUGCUCCUCCAAAAGAGAUGUCUCCCCGAUCUGGGUAUGGUAAGUUUAACGACGCCAGUGGUUAUGACAAUUUUGCUUCGCCUCCCGAUCGAACGCAAGGAGCUAGUAAACCAGAUCUAUACGAACUCACUCAAGGUCAAUUCGACCAACGUGACGAUCGUGUUCACCCUUCCAACAACCAGAUCCAGGAACUUCGAGAACAGCAUCGCGAUACUAACCGAGGAGUACGCAGGGCCAAAACACCUUCCGAUCCAGUCCUUCAAGCAAAGUACCAGCACGCGAUAAGUCGUAUUGGUGGAGUGCAAGCAGCAUUUCGGCUUUGGAAUUCUGCUGGACAAACAAUAUGGCAACGGUAUAUGACACGUACAGAGCUCCUUCAAGCCGUGAGACGGAGUUUUGAGAAGCACGAGCGAACCAGUAUGUAUUUUGUGUGUGUGUCCUAGUUUCUGUGAAUGAUGCUGUGGCCAAACCUAACGAUCCGUGUCUGUGCUGUUGUUAACGCUAAAUUACUGCAGACCACGGAAUCAUGACAAAGUCACAACUGAAGGAAGCACUACGAGAGCUUGGAUGUGUCUUUACCGACGACCAGGUAGAGAACUUUCGAGUGGAAUGUUGUGAAUAAUUUACAGAACAAACUUGCCGUUUUGAAUGUCGGUGACAGGUUACAGCUCUGUUUGGAAUGUACGAUCAGCAUUGCAUUGGUGCCGUGCCGAUGUCAUCUCUACUCCUCGCUUUAACCGAAAAACUAUGAUCAAUGACAAAUACAAAUACCACAAAUGAAGCAAGAACGAGC